AUGAUCUGGUUACUGAUUCUAAUUGUUUUACCAUAUAUCAAAAUCGUCACUGCAUCCUUGACGGAGAACGGUGGAUUUAGCUGCAUGAUGAAGCAUUCGAUGAGAAUGAACAGAGCGAUCCAUGGUCGGCCUCAGAAAACUGUACCACCAUUUGAAUUCUUCUUCCUUGAUGAAGACGGCAGAGAAACACGGUACUACGAACCUGGGAAAACUUAUACAGUGCGCCUAAUUGGUUUCAUUCAUUAUCGCGGCUUACUUCUUCAAAGCCGGCUUACAAGCGAUUCUGGUUAUCUCCUGGGCUCACUUAAAGGUGGACGGUUUUUGGAAACCUCCGAUUGGAGCACUUACAGCGUUAGACUUCAAGUAUGCGACAGGAAGGUUCCAGAUUCAGAUUCAGUUACGCACUCAGAUGACAGCAGAAAGUUUAUUACUCAGGUACACUGGACUAGCAGCAAAGACGUUGGUGCCAUACAGUUUAUGCUCACAAUCGCUGUAGAGGAUGAGAUCUACUGGGAGCGAUGGAGACCUCGAGCCGGAUUUAUCCUUCCGAUAAGCCUACGGGACAAAACAAUUACCAUUCCAAAUGAAGUCUUCAUUGACGAAAAACAAGCUUUCAAAAAUGCGGGUAGUAACUAA